AUGGUAAGGAGAUUAUGCCUAACUCUUGCGGGCUGGAAGACAGAUGGCUUGAAGACGUGUCAAUGAAAGACGCAGUGCUCCAAAAGGCAAGCUACCCCUUGUGUUAUAAAUGUGGCUUUUGCUUCUUCCUCAACAAGCCUUUGCAUAUAUCACAACUUGAUCUUUAAUUGUCUGGUGAUGUUCAAAUAAACCAUGGCUCCACUCCUGCAAGUCAUGGUUAAACGUAUGUCACUGGAACAUUCAGCAUCUAACUGACAGUAAGUUUGAAGGAUAAUCUCCAUGUUUCUUAAGGAACUCAAAGAUCUCAAUAUUCUAUUUCUUACUGAAAUGUUUUAUUCCAAAAAAAUACCAGACUCGUUUUACAUUAUCCCUGGUUAUGCACUAUUUCGAAAAGACAGGUUUGGCAAAUUUAAAAAAAGGCAGUGGAGUUCUGGCUUUUGCAACCAACUUGAUCAUUGUAAAAAGAAGGUCUGACUUUAAAGUCUCUGAUAUUGAACCAUUAUGGCUGAAGGUAUGCCCCCAUAAAUCAAAUAAUUCCUUCUUUGUUGGAGGUAUUUUUGGGCCACCUUCUAAUAAAGUCAAGGAUGAUAAGAAAUUAGCCAAGAACAUAAAAAUUUACCACUAG